ACGUAUAUUAAGAGCAUGGAUAAGGAUUUUGUGGCGGCCAGCAUUCAGGCCAUUGGUCGCUGUGCUACAAACAUCGGUGAGGUCAGAGACACCUGUCUGAACGGACUCGUACAGCUGCUGUCCAACAGAGACGAGUUGGUUGUGGCUGAAUCGGUGGUGGUGAUCAAAAAGCUUCUGCAGAUGCAGCCUGAACAACACAGCGACAUCAUCAAACACAUGGCCAAACUCAUUGACAACAUCCAGGUGCCCAUGGCCCGAGCGAGCAUCCUGUGGCUGAUCGGAGAAUACUGCGAACAUGUCCCCAAAAUCGCCCCUGACGUCCUGAGAAAGAUGGCCAAAACCUUCACUAACGAGGAAGAUAUUGUCAAGCUGCAGAUUAUCAAUCUGGCUGCCAAACUGUACCUUACUAACUCAAAACAG